UUGAACGGUUUGCGUAUUAUUUGACAAGCAAAUUCUUUGUAGUACGUACAGAUUCCGAAGCGAAUGAGUUUAUAUACGGAGAAGGAUUUAAGAUGGGCAAAAGGGCCAUCUCGAGAGCCGAAAGCUGGGCUCUUCGUCUUCAAGCGUUCGAUUUCAAGGUAAAACGAAUUCCCGGUGACCUUAAUGUGGCUGAUGCUCUCUCUAGGUUGAUUGCUAAAACUCAAAUUGACGAACCGUUCGAUGAUCUUGAUGAGAAGCAUUUACUCUUUGCACUGGAUGCUGGCACAAUGAAUGUUACCUGGCAAGAGAUCGAUCUUGCUUCUGAAUCAGAUCCAGAACUUGUGGCUGUUUGUUGCGCACUGAAAGGAGGAGCAUGGCCUGAAAAUCUGCGGCGCUAUGAAACACAUUCUAAAGAGCUCAGAUCAGUAGGUUCAAGAGUUUUCAAGGACGAUCGAAUUGUGCUUCCUGAAGUUCUUCGGAAUGAUGUUUUAAAAAUGGCCCAUCAAGGUCACAUUGGUGGUGCGGCAAUGAAGAGGAUAAUGAGGGAAUACUUUUGGUGGCCUGGAAUGAGCAGCGAAGUCGAAACUUUUGUUAAGAAUUGUAACACUUGCCUGAGAAUUUCAAAGCGUAAUCCUCCAGUACCAUUAGCUUGUCGACAAUUGCCAAACGGACCGUGGGAGAUCUUACAGAUCGAUUUUCUUUCGUUACCUAACUGUGGAUCGGGAGAAUUCUUGAUCGUAGUGGAUACUUACUCCAGAUACAUAACAGUAAUAGAAAUGAAAUGUAAGGAUGCCAAAAGCACAAAUACAGCCCUCAACAAAGUCUUCCACCAGUGGGGUCUACCUUUAGUUUUGCAGAGCGACAAUGGUCCACCUUUCCAAAGCAACGAAUUCUUGGAGUGUUGGCAGAACAAAGGGGUAGACGUUAGGAAAUCUAUCCCUCACAGCCCUCAGUCAAAUGGUUCAGUAGAAAGGCAAAACCAAGGCAUUAUAAAGGCUCUUGCCGGUGCUAAAGAGGAAGGACUGAACUGGAAAGGUGCACUGGAAACGUACGUACAUGUACAUAAUACUUUGAAACCGCAUUCAAGACUCGGAGUCACACCAUUUGAGUUGAUGGUAGGAUGGAAAUACCGUGGAAAUUUUCCUAGCCUGUGGGAAUCGGACAAAUUAGAAGCUGUUGAUCGCGAUGAAAUCGAAGACAAGGACGCCGAAUCAAAAUUGUCGUCCAAAAGAUACGCUGAUAACCACAGAGGAGCAAAGCCUUCAAACAUUCGAGCCGGUGAUAAAGUUGUCGUGGUAAUACCCAAACAACAUAAAACCGACCCAACGUUUUCAAACGAGCGCUUCACGGUUCUUACGAGGCAAGGAGCAAAAGUCGUUAUUCGGAACGAACGCGGAGUGGAAUAUACACGCAAUAUUCAGGACGUGAAACGAGCACCAGAGUUUGAAAUGGGAAACGAAUCCAGGACCAGCGACAAUUUUCACAUGGAUGAUAAUUCAAACCACGGAAUUGCAGGUUUCGGUAAUCUAAACGACAACGAUGAAGAUGCGAUCGUGGUUAAUCAGAGCACGAACGAGGAAUCCGACAGACAAACCAUCGAAGCGAGACCGAAGAGGGAUACUCGAAAACCGCAGAAAUUUAAAGACAUGUUUUUAUACAAUACUAUACAGAUUCAACCGAACGGACGGUCCCACCAUAGACAAACUCCAAGCCGUGUCACGCGUCGCACGGUUGUGAUGUGGCUGGGCAUGAUUGAGGACGGAGCUGCCUUUGGGAAUUCCGUGCAAGGAGCAUCAGCCCAGCCAGAUGCGAGUAUCAUAAACGAUGUCAUCGAAUGA